UAUCUGCUUGUCCUCGCGCUGUUACUGUAUUCAGAGGAAUGUAAAUGUCUGUCGGAUCAUCAUCGUCAUCAUCAGUGGAUCAGCGACCACCACACGACACGAUGAGACGCGUCAAACAAACCAAAAGCGCAUCCGAUAAAUAAAAUCUUCACAGAUGAGACUUACAUCUUGCUUUGCGGUCCAUGCAGGUGACAGAACACAUCUCUGCUCGACAAAAAUCCAUCAUUGUAAACAUGCAUAUGUGGAUAUUGGCCAUAUCAUCUUUUGCAACGUUGUUCAGCCUUAUUGAGAUGUUUGACGUUUAUGGAGAUAUAUGUAGAGGAUUGUGUGUCUGUGAGGAGAGAGAUGGGAUUCAGACAGCCAGCUGUGAAAACAGGGCAAUUCACAAUCUGUCGAAUGUCACGCCUUUACAGUUGAAUUCAUAUCAUCUUCUGCUCACGGGUAAUCUGCUGAAGAAAAUCUCGCUGGAUGAUUUUGUUAACUAUGAGGGACUCACCGUUUUACAUCUAGGGAACAACGAUAUAUCCGAAAUCGAACCCGGGGCGUUUAAUGGACUCCAGGGAUUAAAGAGACUGCAUCUAAACAAUAACAAAAUUGAAGCAUUACAGGACGAUACGUUUCUUGGACUGGAGAGCCUGCAGUACCUACAGAUGGACUACAAUUACAUCAGCAACAUUGAACCAAACGCCCUGAGCGGUUUACAACAGUUAGUGUUUAUUUUGAAUGACAACUUGCUAUCUUCUUUGCCGGUCAACAUUUUUCAGUAUGUUCCUCUAACUCAUCUCGACCUAAGAGGAAAUCAACUCAAAGUGCUUCCGUAUAGCGGCCUUCUGGAGCACUUGAGUCACAUCGUGGAGUUACAGCUUGAAGAAAACCUGUGGAAUUGCUCUUGCCAACUCAUCGCUCUCAAAGCUUGGCUCGAGAGCAUCUCCUACACGGCAUUAGUUGGAGACGUUGUGUGCGAGACGCCUUUUCGGCUGCACGGGCGAGACCUCGAUGAGAUCUCCAAGCAGGAGCUGUGUCCCCGGAGCGCCAUCGCCGAAUAUGAAAUGCGUGCCGAACCUGCUCACAGCAGCGAGGUCCUCUUUAGGACCACGCCGGCGACGGUGAUGGCUGCCUUCGCGUCCUCAACCAUCUUACGCUCUUCGAAACCGCCGAAAGGCAGCCGUUCGUCAGGAAAACUGCGAGUCAAACCCACUUCUCGCUCAUCCUCCAACAAACCUCAGAAUUACGGCCCGAUGUUGGCCUAUCAGACCAAAUCUCCCGUGUCCCUGGAUUGCCCCAACGCGUGCACUUGCAAUCUCCAGAUCUCAGACUUGGGUUUAAACGUUAACUGUCAAGAAAGGAAAAUCGAGAGCGUUUCUGAUCUCAAUCCCAAACCGUACAACCCCAAGAAAAUGUACCUCACGGGAAAUUACAUCUCUUCUGUGUGCAGUUCAGACUUCGCCGGUGCUACCGGAUUAGAUUUGCUUCACUUAGGCAACAACCGUAUAGCCGUCAUUCACGAUCGAACGUUUGGUCAGCUAAUACAUCUGAGGAGGCUUUACCUGAAUGGAAACCUAUUAGAGCGCCUGACCGAGGAAAUGCUGUACGGGUUACAGAGUCUCCAGUUUCUGUAUCUGGAAUACAAUGUCAUCCGAGAGAUCGCGCCAGGCGCCUUUCAGCAAGCGCCGAAUCUUCAGCUGCUUUUCCUCAACAACAACCUUCUCAAGACCUUACCGGUGGGAAUCUUUGACGGAUUAAAUCUGGCUCGACUUAGUCUGCGUAGCAACCACCUCCGCUCUCUGCCGGUCGGCGGCGUUUUAGAAGAGCUAACAUCGCUUGUGCAAAUAGAUCUGUUCGAGAACCCGUGGGAUUGCACGUGUAUCGUUUUGGACAUGAAGAACUGGUUGGAGCAGCUCAGCGCCGGCACCGUGGUGAACACCAUCGUUUGCGAAUCUCCGCUCGGGCUCUCGGGAGAAGAUAUGCGCUAUCUUCCAUCCUCUCAUCUCUGCCCAGAAAACUCAAAUGUUCAGUCUACCAUUGAACCUCCCUCGGAGGAAUCUUUCCCUGGCAGUACCAUCACCUUAGAAACAGCCUUGGAUUAUGACACGCAGCAUCCUGCAGUCCCUCUCUCAGUUCUUAUUCUCGCCUUAUUGCUCAUUUUUAUAUUGUCUGUUUUUGUCGCCGCAGGUCUCUUUGCUGUCAUUAUGAAACGCCGCAAAAAGUCUGAGCGUUUGGCUUCGCUCUCCACCAACGCGAGCUCCUUCAAUGCGAUUUACGACGACGGGGCGACAGGAAAGUCUAGAAUGUCCGCGGGCCAUGUCUACGAGUACAUACCACCUGCGGCGGAGAGCCUCGCAAAACACAUCCCAUACAGUCCCAGUGAGGGAAACGCAACCGAGGGUUACAGAGACUUUGAAGAACUCAACAGAGUUCUGACAGCCAGCUCAGAUGAAGAGGUGAGGAGUGAUGCGAUCAGCGCCUGCACUCCGGAUGCCCUCAACAGACACUCCCCUCUUUUGGAUGACAACUACUUUUACAGAGAUAUCCUGGCGAGAGACCCGCAAGCUUCUUACAGGGGUAAUUUAGCAUGCAAACACAGCACACAUGCAUCGUCUCACUGCGUGCCAGACUUCGAUGCGAGACAUCAAUACUUAAAUCCAGAAGGGAUACAGCAGGCCGCUGCGUACUGCUCUACGCCAGCCAACGUCUACACGGAGCCCGGACGAAGCGAGUACUGGGAACUGAAAGCAAAGCUUCAUUUUAAACCAGACUAUCUGGAGGUUCACGAGAAAAGAACAACCUUCACCCAGUUUUGAAGUACGCAUAUGCCCUACUUUUUUAAAUAUUGGAGUUUGGGUUGAGAGGAAACUCUUAUCUGAGAGAUCAUGGGGUAAAUUGAUCAAAAACAUGCUUGGGACAUGUUUCCCCCAGAAAACUAAAUAAAAUUGUGUUUUGCAUCAAAAAAUAAAGUCUAUUUUUGUACUUUUUCUGACAUUAAGCAUAUGCCUACCCAAAUAUUAUGUGUGCAUUACUAGAAGCGUCAUUAAAUCAUUUACAGAAGCAAGCCUAUUUUUUUCUCUUUUUGUUUGGGGACACGUGUUGUCUUUGUUCAUCAAAUAUUCUCAUAUGUUGUGUAUUUCAAAAAGAUGAUAAAACUCCUCUUACUAAUGUCAGAUGUCAUGAUUUUUCACAUGUAUGCCAUGCUGUAAUGUUUUUCCUACUUUAUUAUUAAAAGGGACAAUCUGUUUCACUGCAUUUAAAAAAAAAAACAAUGUAUAUGUAAACCUCUGUGUUUUUCAUAAAAGAUAAAUGUGUAUCAUGCAUCAGUUCUGUAAACCUUUGCGCUUUUGCACAACUGUUUAAAUUAAAUCAAGAACAUGUUUUAUUAAAUUUA